GCCAUAGUAGCGGGGAAGUUCAUUUGAGUGUCCAUUAUGAACACGACGAACAGCGCGGUUCGCCUCUUCGCCGCGUUGCCCUCAGCGGAACCCGGCGGUAGAGACAAGCAGCAGGGCCUGGAGGGAACAGCGCUCCCGAGAGAACGCCUCGGUACGCCGGCGAGGGAAGUUCAGGUCACCGGGGCGGCGGAGGUUUCCUGCCGGGCCGACCGAGCGUCAGUGCGGAUCAGCGUGACCAGCACCAAGGGGUCGGUGAACGAUGUGACCAACAGCAUUUCACGGCGACUGGAAUACAUUUUACAGACUAUAAGACAGCACGGCGUUGGGGACGAACACACGUCAGUGAGGCGGUUUCUUCACAGAGACGUCGACGCCUUCAGCAUGGAGGCGGAGGUCGUGGUGACUUUCUCAGAGUUCGAGAAGAUGGAGCAGAUGUGCAGCUUCCUGCUGGACAAGCUGGACAAGAGCGUCCAUGUGGGGGCGCCCCAGUUCUUCCACAGCGACACACGCCUGCAUCAGCUGAGGCUGCAGGCGUGUUUAUCAGCAGUGGAAAAUGCACAGCAGAAGGCCAGCAAGAUCAGUCAGCUGCUGGGGGAGAGUCUGGGAUCUCCCCUGCUGGUCAGAGAGGAGGAGACCAAGGAGUGGAGGAACGAGGAGGAGGCUGCAGGCAGAGAACACGGCUCAUUGCCCCGUCUUCCCUUCAUUCCCCACGUGCCUACAGCCAGCGCCUCCUCACAGGUGUCCAUUACCUUCAGCUUCAGAGACAAAAGCAAGAAGAGGCUCUAAACGCACCAGAAACACACAGUCGCAGAGUCUAAAAAACAUUUUAUUGCACAGUUUUCACACUUAAACAGAAGUGCAAAUUUCCUUGCGUCAGAAAUGCAUUCCUAAAAAAGGUGAUUUCAAGCCUUUAAUGGAGAUUUUAACAGAGACUGUAAAGGUGCGGUGGCCUUCAUUAAAAAUCAUCUGCACAAUGUAAGAUGGCAAACUUUCAAAAAUAAAGAUGCCUUUAUUGCA